GUUCGCGAUAACUUGCAGCCGCGUCUCUCAGCCCUUAUUCACUUUUGCGUCAGGCCUCAGUUCCUCACCACUCACUCGAGCUUGAGUAUCACCAGCACCUCAGAUUACAUCAUGGAUAGAGAGAGAAACAGAAGGUCAGUGCCCACCGUCCCGUUGAAUCCUAUUGUGCAGUACCACAAUGUCCGUCCCCUACAAUUCACCCUUCACCUACACCAAUCCCCCGCCCUCUACCAAGGACUCCCUUACUUUUCCCACAAACCUUCGUGAGAUUUUCUACCGCCGCUGUGUACCAAGGAAUCUCUUUCCGUUGCCGGACGAGGAAACCGAAUAUUUCAACACUUGUCACGAUCUUCUCCCCAAUACUUCAUCACGCCGUUUGGCCUCGACCUUGGCUCUCCCAGAUCUGCACCGCCAAGAUGUUCAGAAACGUCCGCCGCACCUUGCUGCCACCGCCCAGGGAGCAGCGAAUGCUCCCUUCCAGCAGCUUCUCCAUCUCUGGUCACAGGAGGUCAACCUCCACCCGCGAACGAACCGAAUUCUACGAUGACAGCGACUCUGGCGACUCCGGCGACUCCAGCCUCGAAACCUCGGACGAAUCUGAAUCUUCAGACGAGGAGCCAGAGGAGCCAGAGGAGCCAGAGGAGCCAGAGAACCUGCAUGAGCAGUUUGACGACCAAGAUCUGGAAACGGGCUGGGCUGCGGUCAAGACGAUCCGCACUUUGUCUCGCCCCACACCUGUCGACGGCCCCCAAACCAUGACUGAGGAUCAGAUGCUUCGGAAUGCUCUCGAGGAAGUGGCCAUCCCCGACAUGAAGCGCGACCCGAAAUACCUGUAUAAGAUAACUAAGAUCCGCUUCAAGGCCAUGGUUGGAGUGCCACUACGCCGCCUUGUCAAGAAGCCCGAUCCCAAGAAGCCCGGUCUCAAGAAGCCCGAUCCCAAGAAGCCCGGUGUCGAGAAGCCCGAUCUCAAGAAGCCCGGUGUCGAGAAGCCUGAUCUCAAUAAGCCCGGUGUCGAGAAGCCUGAGGAUACGGAGAAGCCUGAGGUUACGAAGCAGGCAUUGAUGGACGUAUGCCGACACCUCCGAGAGUGUAAGCUCCGUCUUGGUUCGGUACUAUGGAAGGCCAAGCGCUCCAGCGCAAGGAAAUUGAAAGUAGCCAAAGCCCGACCCAAACCUCGGCCUUGUCGCAGCCCCCUUCAUCAGACAUGGAUAGCCAAGACCGCCAAAGCGUCCCCUCGCGUCCGGUUCCUGGCCCCUGGAAGAUCAAUCGAACAAAAUUUGAGAAGCGUAUACGCCCAGGAACUCGAUGCCAACCCCGCACUCAAGGCUCGCUUUAUGAGGAGCGUCUUCCCGGUCGUUACUUUGCCAGAGGAGGUCGAUCGAGUCCUGGCAGAGGGACUAAAGUCGGGUGAUACAGGCUCGAAUGACUCGAAACGUGUUGAGCCCGUCAAGCAUUCGCUACAUCCGGAAUUGAAGGCCAUGGUUGACGCCGAACUGGACGCCUUGAUCCAAGACUACGACAAAGACACGCAGGGCGAGGAGGGCGAUGCCAAUGUCCUAGUAGCUUCUCUACAGACAAAUGAGCAUGAUGAACAGAACUGCCCAUCUUCCCCGGAGACCUUCACGGCGGAUACAGAUCUCAACAGCAUCGAGACGCCCAUCUCUGAUACUCCGGAUGCCCCAAUGGAAGCACCCCAGACCCCUCAUAUUGCUGGCUCCGCAAACGAAUGCUCAGUUCCCAGUCAGAGCCCCCUUCCAUCUGACAUUCCACUCCUCCCGUGCUCCCCGCAUUCAGGGAUGGACCUGGAAACCGAUAGCCACACGGCUUCGGAUCAGCAAGCCUCUACCGCCCUUCAUCCGUCGACGCCAGAACCCGAAAUUCGGACUGAUGACUCUCCAUCCCCUCCUGGCACUCAUGAUAACGAUGCCAUUCAGGAGCUGGCUUCUGAGGGAGGUCAGCAAGAAGAAGCCGAGCCGCUGAACUCGGAACCGAGCCGUCCUCUCGGGCAUGAAACUCCUCCUGUCGUGUCACCCAUGCCAUGUCCAGAGUCCCAAGAGAAGCCUGGUAUGGAGGCGUCGUCUCAGAACCCUACUACUACUGAGUCAUCGACCACCUUGAACCCAUUGGUGGGAAAUGGAGCCGUUUCGCAGGAUACCCCGGAGCUCCACAGUCAGCAAUCGGCCACCGUCCCCUCGAAUACUAAGAAGAGGCAAGCGGCCGAUGAGCUGAGCAAGGGAGCCACCAAGAGGCAACGUAGGACCCCUAGUGCUUGGGCCGGAGAACCCCAGCCAUCUAUCAUGGCUCCGUUCAAGUCCAUCAAGCGAAGGCCUACCGAGGACCUGGAGAAGCCAAAGUGCAAGCGACUCCGCAGGGAGGGAAAUACCUGGAUACGCGAACCCCCUGCCGCCAGUUCUUCCUUAUCGUUCUGCCAGAAGGACGGCGCAUUUGAUGAUGUUCCGUAUCGACCGAAACCGCUGCCGACACCUGGACCCGGGGAUCUUACUUGGCCGAACAAUAUCCCUACCCAUCAUAGUCGUUUUGGUUCAAGCGAACCACCUCAAAGUGAUCGCAUUGGCUUGCUGCAUACGACAGCUGCAGAAGUAACUAACUCUAAGCCAAAUAGAUACGAGGAUGGCGAAGUUCGGAGAUACGGUGCUGGAGAGUCGUACCGGCCUUUUAAUAGAGAGCGAGAUCGGUCACCUCGCGGCACUAGAAGUCCCCCACCGAGAGAGAGGGCUCGUACACCCCCGCCGACUAGUGAUAGUUACAUCCCAAACAGGUCUCCACGCCGUCGAUCCCGAAGCGCAGAUCGGUUUAGGUACCGUGAGAGAUCCAGGGACAGGGAUGGAGAUGUAUGGCGACGACGUGACCAUAGCCGCAGUCGGCCCCCGAGCCCGGCACGGCGCAGUUCCCCGAGGAGGAGCCCGGCACGGCGUAGCCCCAGGCGAUACUCGCCUCCGAGACGCGAUGAUAGAAUCGAUCGAGCUCGGUCUCCCCCGAGGGAUUUCGAUGCGCGCAGCAUACGGCGACGAUCUCGAUCUCCCUAUGAUAGGGACUGGGAGGUUCGAAACAAGUCCCCAGUAAGACGAUCGACACCUGUGGCAUUUCGGGGCGGAUCCUAUCGGCCUCGGUCCCGGAGCCCUGAACGUCGAGAUGAUAGAUACACCGGCCCGUCCUAUCGACGUCCAUCUCCCCCAAGAGAGUCCCUCAACUCAUCUGGGAUGACCUCGCGCUCGGCCUCCCGUCGACCAUCGCCCCUUCCAAGCUCCAAUCGAGGCCAUGAUGAUAGGUCGCGGCCUCAGUCGCCUACACGUUCGCCGAAUCCAGUCAGCACAUCAACAACUUUGCCCGUCCGCGAGCAGCCAAAGCAGGUCGCCCCGGUCCCAGAUAUUAUUUCUACUCCUGUAAAAUCACCUCCACGAGGGCCGGCCGCGCUGCGACAACCCCCUACAGGUCCCUCAGCCGCAAGACUCUCCGCCAUACAGGCUGCUUCACCCGUUGUUCAGCCCCCCCGACAUCCAACAUCGUCAACCGGUCCGUCCCCUCGAGCUGACAUGGCCAGCCCGACCAUUCCCCCAGCUGGCCCUCGCGGCUACAUACCACCCUCGCGUGGCGGUGCUUUUGUCCCCCGUGGAGGUCGAGGAGGCUGGCCAUCGAUGCCGCCCCGCAACGUAUCCGGAUCAUCUGUAUCACCACCCAUUCCUCCCACCGGGCCGAGUAGCAUCCCCACCGGACCUCGCGCCGCGUCCAUAUCGUCUUCCGGGCCGUCUCCCUCUCUUACUUCGGCCAAGCCCUUCAACCCACCGACAGGCCCAGCGCCGCAACAGCACACCAACGCGCCACGACAAACCCUGGCGCAAACCUUGAUGUCGGGCAUGCCGCCCAUCAUCCCCGGCGGCAAGCCCGACCCCAACCUGGCGCCGCUCACAACGGGGGUGACCAAGGAGCUGGAGCCGCACCACCGGAGGCUGAGGGAGGAGGAGGAGCGCGUGCGGGAGGAGAUCAGGGCCAGGCAGGAGAAGCUCCGCAAGAACCUGCGCAUAUGGGACAAGCUCGAGCGCGAGAGCAAGGCAUUUGAGCUCAAGAGCGACCUCAGCGAGAAGAGCCUCAAGAACCUUGCCGGCGAGGGCCUCGGCGGGGCCGCCUUCUGAUCGGCCUUGCGUCAUCAUCCCCGGGUGCUUUGGAUUCCGCCCACCUAAAAACUCCUUGGGGAUGGCCAUUGUGCGAGAGAGAGAGAGAGAGAGA